GGGCUCGAGCAGCGUGGAAGGCCUUCGGAACGCGCCGCGCGGGAGCGGGGGCGGUUUUGGGGCUGGUGAGGGGGCGCCUGCCCUGGCCAGCGCGCCCUGCGGACCAUGGCCGAGGCGAAGGCCCCCCAGUUCCUGAGCUUCAACAGCAAGAUCUCUCCCGACAUCGGCUCCUUCCAGCAGCCCAGCGCCUCGGACCUCGAGGAGAUGAAGAGCAAGGACCCGCCCCUGCGGUACACGUGGACCAUCUGGGAGCAGAUCGCGCAGAACCCAGCCGACAAGGCCAAGGACUAUUCCGACGCCACGCACCGCGUCGCGACCUUCUCCACGGUGAAGGGCUUCUGGAAGUACUGGAACCACCUGCCACAGCCCAGCGAGCUCCUCGACGGGAAAAAGUUCGUGCGAGAAGCUGAUGGCUCGCGCAGCAUCGUCGACGCCCUCAUGGUCUUCCGCGAGGGCAUCAAGCCCGAGUGGGAGGACCCGACCAACGCCACUGGCGGGCACUUCCAGUUCCAGCUGCCCGCGUCGCUCGGAGGGGGCCCCAUAGACGAGAAGUGGAACAACAUCAUCCUCGGGAUGGUCGGCGGGUCCAUCGAGCCUGCUGAGAUGAUAACCGGCGUCCGCUUGGUGGACAAGCUCGUGCUGAAGAGCCGCAACCCGGCUGUGCGCCUCGAGGUAUGGUUUUCGAACAUGGAGGACACGGAGAAGGUGGACCUCCUGGAGAAGAGCCUGACGAAGUGCAUGACGACCCGCCUCGACGGCACGCACUGCCAGCCCGACUGGGGGAAGAUCGAGAGGAAGCCGCACGGCGCCCAGAAGAAGUGAGGGGCUCGUGCCGGCACUGGGGUAAGCGAUUGCUGAAACGCAUCGGGUGGAUCCGGCGAUGCCUCGCCGGUGAAUCCGGAGACCCCUCGCCGCAGGCCUGGCUCCUCCUCAGAGCGACCCAUCGUCGGAAUGACCUGCGGUGCGGGCCCACAGUGGGCCCCCCAGCACUGGCUCGCGCGCCUGGAAUUGCAGCCCCGCGGCCUCCUAAAGCCACGCACCAAAUGUCACUCCUGCCUGGCGCUUACUUCUGCGUGUAGCGCGCGCCGAAGACCGCAGCAGCCGCCGUGUGUCUUGCCGCCGCAGGGCCGGGCAGCCCGAUCAGCACCGCUCGGGCCCUGUCUCUCUCUCUCUCUCUAUUUCUGUUCCUUUCUCUCUUUCUCUCUCUCUCUCUCUCUCCCU